AUGGCGGCGCGGGGCCGCUGCCCCGAGUGCGGCUCGGAGUCCCUGGUGGAGGACGCGCACUACGCGCAGCAGCAGCUGGUCUGCGCCGCCUGCGGCUGCGUCCUGUCCGAGGGGCUCCUCACCACCACCUACACCGACGAGGAGCAUCUGCGGGAGGUCGCCUAUUCCCAGAGCACUGGCCAGAAGGAGCAGCUGAGCCGCUGCCUGCAGCGAGGGAUCCGGCGGGUGCAGGACCUGUGCAAAGUGCUGCAGCUCCCGGCAGUGUUCGAGGAGACGGCCGUGUCCUACUUCCAGAGGGCUCUGCAGCUCCCUGCCUUCCGCCUGGUCAGCCUGGAGAAGAAGGAGCUGCUGGGGGGCUGCUGCGUGUUCGUGACGUGCCGCCAGCGCAACUGGCCCCUGACCAUGGGCACCGUCUGCUCCCUCCUGUACGCCAAGCAGGACCUGUUUGCCAGCGUCUACCUGAGCCUGCAGAAGGAGCUGGGGCUCUCGGUGCCCGCCCUGAGCCUGGCAGACCUGGUGACAACGCACCUGAACAGCUUCCGGCUGCUCCAGCCCACGGCCAACAUCCCUGCAGCGUUCCUGGAGGACAAGGAGAAGCUGCUGGCCCGGACCAUGGCCAUUGUGGAGCUGGCCAGCGAGACGUGGCUGGUGACCGGCCGGCACCCCGUGCCCAUCGUCACGGCGGCGGCGUUCCUGGCCUGGCAGUCUCUGCAGCCCGGCCCGCGCCUCUCCUGCCCCUUGGCUCGGUUCUGCCGCCUGGCAGGGGUGGAUCUGCCCCCGCCAGCCCACCUGAGGCUGAAGGAGCUGCUGGAGAUCCUGCUGGGAAUGGCCUCCCAGCUCUCCUGGCUGCGUGGCUUCAACCUGGACAGGAAAACGGUGGUGAAGCACAUCGGGGACCUGCUGCAGCACCGCGUGUUCCUGCUGAAAAACGCCUUCAGCCAGCACGGGGAGGAGCUGCAGGACACGGCCCCGGGCCAGGGCUCCCCCAGCUCUCCUCCAGGGACACAGCAGCAGGGCCGUUCCUGGGCAGGGAAGGGCCAGCGUGGGGGCACCCUGAGGCCCCUGCUCCCUCCCUGCCUCAUCCACCCCAGGAAGAGGCUGCGUCCAUCAGCUCCGAGCGCUCCGGCCGUGGCCCCCACGGGCGACGAGCCCAUCUCGGACAGCGAGAUCGAGCAGUACCUGCGGAGCCCCGAGGAGAUCCGUGCCCUCAGCAAGGCCAGGGCCUGGCUCUGAGGGCGGCCGUGGCCUACAGGACUUCCAGGGACAUUUUGGGACCAAAAGUGUGAAGCUCACCAGGCACAGAGUGGUAGUGCUGCAGAGACGCCCAGGGAAUGAGGGCUGGGUCCUCCUUGAUGUGCUGGACCAAAAUGGGGUUUUCUAUGAUGGAGAGACUGCUUCAGGUCAUGGUACUUUUCUGUUACAAAUAAAUAAAAGUGCAGGUGCCAGGUUUUCCAGGGAAGCCUCACUUUGGACUUCUCAUUCUUCAGCAGAAUGACUGUGAGGGUCAAAAAACUUCAGGCCAGGCUGUAUUUGAACAUGAAGUCUGAGAGAAAUAAUAGUAGAUCUUGGCAGAUUGGCAUAUCUUUAAUAUAUUAAACAAAACAUAUCUGCUAGAAA